AUGGAUAUUCACUGUUUUGUUUGUGUGUUUGUUUGUUUGUCUGCAGGUGACCUGCACCGUCUCUCAGAAGUCAGGAUUGUGCUCCUGGGCUGUAGAGGUGCAGGGAAAAGUUCAGCAGGAAACACCAUCCUGGGCAGAGAGGAGUUUGACUUACGAGGAAGUGCUCAGUGUGUUAUGAGACAGGGAGAAGUAGCAGGGAGGAAGAUCACUGUGGUUGAAGCUCCAGGAUGGCAGAGAGAUAAAGCUGUACAGUCACUUAAACAGGAGAUUGAGCUCAGCGUGUCCAUGUGCCCUCCAGGUCCACACGCUGUACUGCUGGUCAUGCGUUUGGACUUUGAAUUUACAGAAAAAGAGAGAGAAGAGUUAGUUAGAUACGUAGAUCUUCUCGGCUCGACAGUCUGGAGUCACACCAUAGUUCUGUUCACCUUUGGAGACUCUCUGGGAGACACAACCAUAGAGAGACACAUUGAGAGUGAAGGACAGGCUCUCCAGCGGCUGGUAGAGAAAUGCGGAAACAGAUAUCAUGUUUUUAAUAAUAAAAAGAGAGAUGAUGACUCUCAGGUCACAGAGAUGCUGGAGAAGAUCGAGGAGAUGGUGGCAGAAAACAAAGGCUGUCCUCUUGAAACAGACAUAAUGUUUUUACAAAACCUUAAAGUUAUUUUAUAUGGAGCAAAGAAAGAAUAGAGAAAAGGUGAGAAAUUAAUGUAGUGAACUAGAGAAAUUUGUAGGUUAAUGAACAAUGAGCAAAAUCUUUUUAUUGGAAACAUAUAUGAGUCACAUAAU